AUGAUGAAGGGUAAUAUUCCACCACACAUCUUCGCUGGUCUUGUUUCACUUCGGUAUCUAGAUCUUUCUGGCAACCUAUUCAAUGGGCAUUUCUCAUUUUCCUCCUUCGGUAAUCUUUCAAAGCUAGAAUUUAUAGGCUUGUCAAGCAAUGAGGAAUUAUUUGUACAUCUUGACAGUGGAAAGUUUGUUCCGUCUUUCCAGCUACGGUCCCUCCAGUUGUCACAUUGUAACCUUGAUGCGAACCCACUUGCAACACCGACGUUUCUUUCUUCCCAAGACAAGUUAGAAGCUCUUGAUCUUUCCCACAAUAACUUGAUAGGAAAUUUUCCCCAUUGGUCGCUCCAAAAUCUGACCAGACUAGUAGUUCUCAACUUGAGAAAUAACUCAAUAAUGGGUGCAUUUCAAUUGCCAAAGCAUCUAAAUACGAGCAUGUUUGCCCUUGAUCUCUCCAUGAAUCUCCUCAGUGGACUGAUUCCUACAAACAUCGUCACAAUAUUUCCAAAGAUGUUGGUCUUGAAUUUGUCCUCAAAUUAUCUAACCGGAAGUAUCCCUUCAUCAUUGGGUAACUUGAGUAAUCUGGGGAUAUUGGAUUUGUCCCAUAAUAAUUUAUCCGGGGAACUACCAACUCGCCUGAUGAUUGAUUGCCCUGAAUUGUCUGUCUUGAAGCUUUCCAACAACAACUUGCAUGGGAAGAUGUUUAGUACAAAUUAUGGUUAUCCUUCACUGGAAUAUGUUUAUCUAGAUGGAAACAAGUUUACUGGACCAUUGCCGAGCAAUCUGCCAUCCUACCAGGAGUUAUAUUUAUUGGAUGUCCACAAUAACCAAUUAUCAGGUAUAAUUCCAGAGAGCAUAGGACUUGUUUCCUAUCUAUAUUACCUUAACCUAGGAGGAAAUGAUUUCUAUGGCGAAGUACCAAAUCAUUUGUGUAAUCUAACACUGCUUUACGUGUUAGACUUAUCCCAUAAUAGCUUCUCCGGGUCAUUACCUGAUUGCUUCCAAUCAUCCAAACCAGUGCUUCUCAAGUUUGCUGGGAAUGCUUUAACAGGCAUAAUUCCAAGUAGUUAUUUCAAUAUUUCAUCCCUUGAAGUUUUCGAUGUCAGUAAUAACCAGCUUUCAGGUAAACUGCCAAGACAUAUCGGAGAAAAACUGUCUUUGCAGAUUCUUGUUCUUAGUGAAAAUUCACUUGAAGGCCAUAUACCAAUUGAGUUAUGCAAGCUACGGUCUUUACACAUUCUGGACCUUUCACAAAACAUUCUUUCAGGAUCAAUGCCCUCUUGCUUUGGCAAAAUGCACUUCAGGAAGGCUGACUCAACAGAUACAUAUAUUCCUCGGUAUGAAAUUGGAUGGAUCGAAUUCAGUACAAGUGUGCGGAUUGAGUUUUAUGAAGUUGAUAUAUUGAUGGUGGACUUCAUCACCAAAGGAAACUUAUAUGCCUACCCAACAGAUCAUUUGCUUUUGAUGUCUGCAAUUGAUUUGGCAGGAAACAAGUUGACGGGAAACAUACCGCCAGAAAUUGGAAAUCUAAACGAGCUUGUACAAUUGAAUCUAUCGUUCAAUCAGCUGACAGGUCCAAUCCCCGAAACUUUUUCGAAACUUAGUCAGAUUGAAAGCUUGGAUGUGUCACACAAUCAGUUGAGUGGUGGGAUACCUUGGCAAUUGACUCAACUAAACUUCUUGGAGGUCUUCUCAGUUGCCUACAAUAACUUAUCUGGAUGUACACCAGGUUUCAAAGACCAAUUUGCCACAUUUAAUGUGAGUAGCUAUGAAGGUAAUAUUGGAUUACAUGGGCCGCCGUUGGAUAUGACCUGCACAUCUGACUCGACUCCAAUUGUGCCACCUGAAGUAGAAGAAAACCAAGAUGAUAGCAGUGUGGAGGAUGAUGCCAUCUUCUUUGCAAUACUUGCAGCUUCAUUUGUGGCUGCCUUCUGGGGUUGUAUUGCUUUUUUGUUAUGUCAUCGAAUUGGGCAGCACAUUCGCAGUAUAUUGGAUGGUUAUGUGGACUCAUUGAUUGAAAGGAUCUUAAUGGCAGUACAUAAGUGGACUCGCAUGCAGCGGAAUCGCAAGUGAGAUAAACAGUACCUUGGGCAUUUUAGAGAAGUCUUUCUUUUUGGUACUUUGUAAUAAAGCAAAGCAAGCUUCCGUUCAAUGUAGUAAUUUGAAAUCUUCCAUGCAAUCAACUUUGAUAUAGUUUU